GCCUGCGCUCCUCCAGGAAAGAGCGAGAAUGCCGCUCCCCCUCCAGACCCGGUGGCUUUCCCUGCGGGAAGGGAGGGGACAUUUUCCUGCACAAUCUGGAGGCGCUGCACCUGUCUCGCAAUCUCCAGAAAGUCAGUGUUGCAAACGCACUCGAUGGUGUGAAGCCGCGGCCGUGCACUAUGCCGGGAUGGAGCCCGCGGCCACCGGGCGCGCGGAGAAGACAUUCAGCUAUGUGGUCAGAGCCCCCGGCGGCGACGGGGUGGACGUGAUGAACGUGGAUGUAAAGAUCGACACGACGUGGGUCUUCCAGGACGCGGAGGACAGCGGCGAGGAGCCGGGAUGGCGCCCAGAGGGAGCUGCCCUCGGGAGCCCCGACGUGGAUACGGGGACGCUGCGGAGGCAGCUGGAGUCCUCCGAGCAGAAGCUGCUGGCAGCGGUGGACAAAUACGUGAGGUCGGAGUCUGGGCUCAGGAGCAGAAUCCAGGAGCUGGAGCUGUCGGAGCGGAAGCUCCUGCGGAAGGUGGACCAGCUGAGCGCCCGCGUGUGCCAGGAGAGGAGCGCCUCCCGCCGGGCCCAGGAGCAGCUGGAGGCGCUGCAGGGGGAGCUCGCCUGCCAGGACGCCUGGGGCCGUGUCCAGGACGAGUGGCUGCUCCUGCCCUGGGAGGAGGCACUGGAGGCCGGCGGACGCCCAGGCUGGCAGACACCUCCCCACCCCAACGUGGCCCCGGGACCGCACGCCUCCGCAGUCCCACCCGCUGAGGGGCCCUGCGCCUGGGGCGGCGUCGAGGCUGGACAAGGCCCCUUGGAGCUGGUGCCCAGCCUGGAGACGGCAGCUGGGCUCCUGGGAGAGCUGGUGGCUCCUGACCGUGGACGGCCUGCUCCGGCUGAGCCCGCCCUGCAUGGACAGACUCUCCUCCUGCUCUGUGGCUGCCCUUCGGGGCAGAGCACCGACGCCUCCCUCCUCCCCGAGGAGCUGGCCUGGAUCUCCACGCAGAGGCCAGCAGCCGCCCCAGCCCAGGAGUCCCUCCUCCUGGUGCAGACGUCCGUGCUCCCUCCCUGGGGGCCCGCCGGUGGCCCCGCUGCCCUGCUGCUCCAGGCGGUGUUUCCAGAAGAGCCCCAAAUCCAACAGGGGCUGGACGUCGGGCCCCUGCCUGCUCCCCGAGCCAUGGACCACCUCCCAACAAGGAGCCACGGUGCCCCCCUCUGCUGGGAGACCCCACAGAUUUCUCACCACUGCUUUCCUGGGACAGGGACAGGGACAGGCCAUCUGAGCGGCCCUGGGGAGGAGCGGGGAGGAGCCCCAGAGUGGAGAGUGGAGGCGUGGGGGACGAGGAGGACGCGGGGCAGGAAGGAGGAGGACCUCGGGGACAGGUGCCGGCAGCGGCAGGGAAGCCAGGAGGACCCCAGCUUGGAGGACGGUGCUGGCACCCUAGGAGGCCUGCAGGACACACGCGGGGCUUCCGGACCCCAGGCCGCCGCCUCCUGCCCUCGGCCCAGGCGGGACCUCCCUGAGGAGAGAAGCCGAGUUUUACACGACAACGUCCGGCUUCAGCGAGACCAAGAGAGAUGCCAUCGAAAGAUCCGGGCCCUCCGAACGCAGAGCGAGCGACAGGCGAGCAAAGUGUCCGGGCUGGAGCGGGACAACGGCGCGCUGCGGGGCGACAUCUCCCGCCUGCAGAGGGAGCUGGACCAGUACCUGCAGCUCAUCGCCGACCUGGAAGACUGCAACGCCAGGAGCUACGGCAAGAUCUCCGACCUCAUGCAGGGCGCCGCCCAGGAGAACCGGGAGCUCAGGGCGCUGAUCUCGGAGCUCGGGCUGGGCUACAGAGAGCUGGUCAAGGACGUGGUGCUGGGAAUAGAGGACAUGAUCGGGGCCCUUCGCGGGGAGAACGCGCACCUUCUGCGCAGGAUCUGGGUCCUGGAGAGGGAGGUCGCCCUGGGGGUGAGCUCAGAGGCGGGGCGUCCGGGGGGAGCAGAACAGCGCCCCCAGCGAGAAAGCCAGGAGGCGGUGGACAAGGUGGAGGCGGUGGACAAGGUGGGGGCUGUAGAAAGGGCGGUGCAGGCGAGUCCGCCGUCAGAGCCGCUGACCGCGCGAGUCCACAGGCCGCCCUGGGAGGAGGGCCCGGGUCUGCCCAGAGAGAGGAUGGGCCCCUCCUCGGGCACAGAGGGUCCCGGGUGCGGAGCCGGGGCGGCCACUCCAUCGCCGGCCAGGAGAAGGGCUGAUGUGUCCGGUGCCCUGCGAGGAGACCUCCACGGGAUGGGAGUGGAAGAGGCACAGCUGGGGAGAGAGGAGGAAGGACCGCGGCGUUCUGCAGCCCCAGGGCCGGUGCUCAGGCCCCUGGGCAGCGGCCACCAGCCCCAGGACGCCGAGGCCGAAGCCGGGACCCCGGAGGACCUCAGGCUGCGCGUCCGGCGGCUCCGCCACCAGGUGCUGACCCUGCAGUGGCAGCUCAGGGACCAGGCGUCCGCGGGCCAGCAGCUGCAGGUGGCCCGCGACCAGGCCCUCCGUCGCCGGGACCAGCUCCAGGGCCAGGUGGACGAACUUCAGAAAAAGCAACAUGAGGCAGUCUUGGCCGUGACCCCUUUGAAGGCCAAGCUGGCCUCCCUGGUCCAGAAGUGCCGGGACAGGAACCACCUGCUCACGCGCCUGCUGCAGGAGCUGUGCCGCCAUGGGCUGGCCGAUCGCCUGCUCUGCCAGACGGUGCGCAGCAUGGUGGACGAUGUGGCGCUGGCCGAGUACACAGCCACCUUCCUGGCUCCCGGCGUCCCAGAGACCAGCCACCACCCCACCCUGGAGCCGGAGAAGCCGGCGGCUGUGACAGCUCAGAACUCUCUCCUGGACCCGGAAGUGGACAGCGCCCUCCCAAGGCCGUGGCGUCCCGAGCCCUGGCCCGUGACUCAGGCGGAGUGGCCGGCACCGACAGCGCGACUGGAUGCUCUGGAGGUGAGAGGGCGUUCUCCAUUACACUUUCCACGGGAGGCGCAGCACACACACAGAGGCGGGCACAGCGCGUCCGUGCGCAGCUCCGUGAACGUCUCCGCGCCACCCCCGUGAAGGCACCCCAGGUCAAGAAGGAGAAAAUGGCCAACACCAUGAGACUGGCUUCCUUUCCUCACCUCUUUCUAUUGUCUAUGUUUUUAUUGGUUUGAGAGAGAGAGGAAGUAAGAGGGAGA